AUGAGGGCUAAAGUUCCUAGGAACUCCAAAUUGCCUGACAUGGAUUUCUAUGACGGAACGUCCGAUCCAAGCCACCACCUCAGUAAUUUUAGAAGCAGAAUGUAUUUGGCCGAUGCCUCUGACACCACUCGUUGCAAAGCCUUCCCGACCACUUUAACCAAGGCUGCAAUCAAAUGGUUUGAUAGCCUGCCUCCCAGGUCGGUCACUAACUUCGAUGACUUGGCCAGAAAGUUUUUAACCAAAUUCUCCAUCCAAAAAGACAAAACAAAUCACACCCCGAGCCUGGUAGGAGUAAAGCAAGAGGUUGGGGAAACCAUACGUGACUAUAUAGAGAGGUUCAACAAGGCUUGCUUGGAAAUUCAAAGUUUACCAACCGAAGCUAUAACUAUGGGUCUGGUCAAUGGCAUUAGAGAAAGGCCAUUUUCUCAGUCGAUAUCCAAGAGAUAUCUGACUUCUCUGAAUGAAAUCCAACAAAGUGCAGAAAAGUACAUCAACAUGGAGGAAAACUUCCGAUUUAGGAAACCUCUGUCACGAUCUAACUUGCCCUACUAUCAGGCUCGGGACAAAGAAAGGGAACCCAAGAAGAAAGAGGAGCAGAAUGUAGAAAAACCUCAAAAGUAUCACAACUACACCCCCUCUGAGAGUUUUCCUGGUCGAUGUUUACAGAGAAAUAUGCCACAUAGAGAAGCUUCCACCUCCUCGUCCGAUUAA